ACGACAUUUCCGGAGUCACGCCCGGAGUGACUCCAUUUUGCACGAAAACAAUCUUUGGGGAAGAUUUUUUUUUUCACGGCUGCCUAUAUUUUUGUUUUUCUCUCCUGAUGCUUGCAAAAUACUCUAUUUAUUUUAAUGUCAACUCAUAUUGGGCAUUCUUGCUGUCUGUGGGAUUAAUGUUGACCCUGUAGCUCACCGGCUAGCUCGGGCUGAUUGAAUGCAUCCACCUGUUGCUCAUUCCUUGCGCUGAAAUUUGACUGUGGAGAGCAACAUGAAGGAUACUUAAACCGUUUAUCAACCAUGAAUCAAGUCUGAGGAACCAAAAUAUCCCUGUCCUUGAACAGGACAACCGGUGCAGUGAGAUUUUCCUGUUUCAGAGUUCAAGCGCUGCUUUAUUAUGAACCAUGGACCAGGGUAGAGUUGACAGUCCCGUUACUCUUGUCAUCAAGGCACCCAACCAGAAGUAUGAUGACCAGACCAUCAGUUGUUUUUUGAACUGGACCGUAGAAAAGUUGAAAACACACAUAUCCAAAGUGUAUCCUAGCAAGCCGUUAUCCAAGGAUCAGAGACUUGUCUAUUCUGGACGGCUUCUUCAGGAUCACUUGCAUUUGAGGGACGUGCUAAGAAAGCAAGAUGAAUACCACAUGGUCCACCUGGUGUGUGCGUCACAAAGCCCCCCAUCAUCCCCCACUUCUGGCAAUAAUUCCAGUUCUUUAACAUCAGACAGUGCUGGUCCAUCCUCCUCAUCCUCGACCCCUAGUCAGGAAAUUUCAGCCAACUCUGAUGGUCUACGGUACCGAGGGAACCCAACACAAACACAUGGCGUCAAUCCUGCCCCUACUGGUGUAAUGCAGAGGCCUGAAGGAAUGCCUCUUCCCAUGCAAGGUGGUCCUGCUGCUGGCUUCCCCGCCCAUCCUAUGUACAUGCCGAUGCAAAUGUUUUGGUGGCAGCAGAUGUAUGCACGCCAUUAUUACAUGCAAUAUCAUGCAGCCAUGGCAGCCUCCCGGGCGUCCAGCGCGGCCCCAUUUCCCGCUCCCAGUGCUGGCCCCGCCACUCAGCCGGCUCGGCCUAAUGAACCUGCAGCCCCUAUGGGGCCCAACCCUGUUCCUGAGGACCACCCUGCCAACCCCAACAUCCAGAUGAAUGCUCAGGGAGGAGCCAUGUUGAACGACGAUGAGCUCAACCGAGACUGGCUGGACUGGAUGUACACAGUGUCACGUGCUGCCAUUCUGCUCAGCAUCGUCUAUUUCUAUUCCUCCUUUGGCCGCUUCGUUGUGGUGAUCGGUGCCAUGCUGCUGGUUUAUCUGCACCAGGCGGGCUGGUUUCCCUUUAGAGCAGAACUACAGAAUCCAGGAGCUGGAGAAGGCCCUCAGGAUGAGGCUGAGCAAAAUCUGGAUAUGCAAGAGAUGGAGCGCAUGAUGGAUGAGGGAAUGGAGGAAGAUGAGGGGGACAGCGGGGAGGAAGGUCCUGAAGAACCCAUGAACGCAGACCCUCAUCAGCCGGGCUUCCUCUCAGCCUCUUGGUCGUUCAUCAGCACUUUCUUCACCUCCCUCAUCCCUGAGGGUCCUCCACUCGCUGCCAACUGAACUUAGAUCUCUCCACAUUGUCUGUGGACAGUGGGGAGAAGAAAUUGACAGUAGACAUAAAAAAUAAUAAUAAUAAAAUACAAAAACAAGUAAAAACAUGGUCUGUCAUGUCCUGGAAAGUCUGUAAUGCUGCUUCAAUGGUAUUCAGUUGUCUCCCUAUGCCAAUGCUUUUCUUCCCGUCUUUGUUAACAAGUCAGGGUGAGGUUUCAUAGAUGUGCUGUCCAUGUUGUUAUGAAAUACUUUAUUUCUCAAGACUGGUUGAUAAACAUAAGAGCAUAAGACUUAGUGAAUCAUGCAGUUACUUUAGUGCAUAACUAUUUUUCUCUUUCUUGUGUGUAAAUAAAUAGUAAAUAUUUACAGAUAUGAAUAUAUGCAUCUCAUUAAAAUAAGGUGUGUUUUUGAAUAAAAUCAGGUUUUGUUUUCUUA